GUACCCGCCUCGCGUACAAAGACGCGCGGUCUUCGGCACUAGCCUCAUCGUGGUGUGCCCAGCUCUUCCAAGGACUGCUGCGCUUCGGGGCCCAGGUUUCGACAGACUCUUCAAAAUGCCAUCCCAAAUGGAGCACGCCAUGGAAACCAUGAUGCUUACGUUUCACAGGUUUGCAGGCGACAAAGACCACUUGACAAAGGAGGACCUGAGAGUGCUCAUGGAACGGGAGUUCCCUGGGUUUUUGGAAAAUCAAAAGGACCCUCUGGCUGUGGACAAAAUAAUGAAGGACCUGGACCAGUGCCGAGAUGGCAAAGUGGGCUUCCAGAGCUUUCUAUCACUAGUGGCAGGGCUCACCAUUGCAUGCAAUGACUAUUUUGUAGUAAACAUGAAGCAGAAGGGGAAGAAGUAGGCCAACUGGAGCACUGGUACCCCCACCCUGGUGCGUGUUCACCCACGGGGUCACUUGAGGAAUCUGCCCCACUGCUUCUUGUGAGCAGAUCAGGACCCUUAGGAAAUGUGCAAAUGAGAUCCAACUCCAAUUCAACAAUCUGAGAGAGAAAACUUAAUCCAAUGGCAGAGAAGCUUCUGAGUUUUAUAUUGUUUGCAUCCCAUUGCCCUCAAUAAAGAAAGUCCUUUUUUUAAGUUCUGAA